UCAGUUGCCAGCUGUCAAGCUGAGCUGCUUGUCUGCGAGGGCAGAACGAUUUUUUUGCUCUUCUCCGUGCUACGAAACUCUUGCUGGCUGUAAAUUUCGUCGCGAAAAAGGAGAUCGAAGUGAAAAUUUCGUCGCUAAAAGUGUAUUUUCCUUUAGUUCGCUUGUUGAAAUCGGUCCGGAAGAUAAAUUUCCUUUGUUCGCUGGUCGAAUCGCGGCGGAAAAUCGGAUCCGUUUCCGGGGUCGCGUCAGCCCCAUUACUGGGCUCCCGUCGACGAGAGAGCGGAGCCCAUCCACUACAGAGCUGCUGUGGUGUUGCCUUCAAAACCUUGGGGCUCCUCUCUUGUUGCUGCAACUUCGAAUUGUUAUAAAAAAAGAGUAACUGCGACGUCGACGGCACCAUCGGUAGCAGUGAGGUAGAAGAAACGGAGGACGAUCCAGCGACUCCACCGUCGGUGGCACACGUCGGGAUGUUCAACAACUACGGCAACGUGAUGACGGACCAGUUCCGCAAGGUGGAACAAUACUCGCCCAAAUCGUCGCCACGGGCGGGCGGGGCAGGCGGACGGUCCCCGGUUGUGGCCCGCCAGGACUCGUCCGGAACACUCAAAACCACGAUCCAGCUCGGGAAGAAUCCCUCGAUCGUGCACAGCGGGCCUUUCUAUCUUAUGAAGGAACCACCAGGCGAAGGUGAACUCACCGGUGCGACCAACUUGAUGGCCCACUAUGGCCUCGAACAUUCGUAUAGUAAAUUUAGCGGUAAGAAAGUAAAGGAGCAACUUUCAUCGUUCCUGCCGAACCUGCCUGGCGUCAUCGACGGGCCGGGACAUCUCGAUAACAGUUCGCUCAGAAGUGUCAUCGAAAAACCACCAAUUGGCGGCAAAGAUCUAGCUCCCCUCACAAGCGUACAAUUGGCCGGAUUCCGUCUGCACCCCGGACCCCUCCCGGAACAGUACAAGCACCUGAAGACGGCCCCCACUAGGAAACAUAAGAAUAAGCAUAAGAAACACAAAUACAAGGAGGGCGUUGUGCCCCCAUCGGAGCAGUCAGCGCUGGAAGCAUCCGGUCUCGAUACCCACGAGAAGAAGCACAAAAAGCAGAAACGUCACGAAGACGAUAAGGAAAGGAAAAAGCGGAAAAAGGAAAAGAAGCGCAAGAAACAGCGCCACAGUCCGGAACAUCCUGGUAGCGGGGCUGCCUCGAUGCCACCGCAAACCCAAGUCUUCUAAGAAACUGGCAACGUUUUGUAUAAUCAAAAGUAAGGAACCCUGGAUGGAUGCGUGAAUAGAACUGCAACAACACAACAAACAACAACCACUAACGUAGCUUAGUGCUAGUUAAUAAGUACGGUAAAGAUUACAUUAUUAAGUCACAACACUUUAUUUUUUGAUCGAAUCGCGAGGAGUUCGUGGCUUGUGUUCGUAAGUGCCAGACACCAGAUACUCCCCAGAGAGAAAAUGUGAAUAUUUCCCCUUUUCCCCUUCCUUUCGAUAGCAGAACGGCAUACAAUACUAACAGUAUAUUACAUAUGCAAGGCAAGGAAACGUAACUUUUUUAAAAACCAUAUACAGAUCCGGUAAAUCGUAGUGACUUUCAUGAGAUACAGAAUAAAUGCACCGACUCGGUUAGCUCUGUUUUUGUUGAUAGGUUUAAUAAAACCCGAACGUUUUGCAUACAGAAGUGAUUCCUUACCACAACAUUAAAUACUUAUUUAUAAGUGAUCGAUUGAUGAUAUGUUGACGACUAGUGUGCAAUCGAGCAUCGAUUGAAAACAUGAAAAAUGCCAAUUUUCGAUAGUAGGAGUGUGUCAAAAGAAUAUCUUCAAUUAGAAAAAAAAGAACAUUAUAUAAUAAUAAGCAACAAAAAGCCUUGUUUUUUCUCAUUACAAAGAGAGAAAUCAGAAAACAAAAAUUCACAAAAAACAUUUAAAAAAAACCUACAUAGGUAUCAUGUAAACAGGUAAAUUAUACUGUUAAGAUUUUUUUUUCUUUUUGUCCAAUUUUUUGAUUCGGGAAUAUCGCCCACCAGAGCGGUUCCAAUCUAGUUUUAUUGCUUCUGUUUAUGGUACAGAACGAUCCGCGUUCUCGGACGUAUAGAAAAAACGGGACUGUAGAGCCCGGAACGAUUCUCGGACCUGAUUACUUCCACCAAUACGAAGAAAAGUCGGUCGCCCCAGAAAGCAGCAUGGUUUAUCUUUUUUAGUAAACGUGUAUUUAUAUGCCCUAUUAAACUGAGUUAUUAUUUAAUUUUAUUUUGAUUUAGCAAUACAUUUGAAGCAAGUGAAAAAUCAAAA